AUGGCUAAAAUCGCUCUAUCUAUCUAUCUAUCUAAUUUGAUAUUUGAAAUAUAUGAUAACAGGUCGGCGUAUUCUUCUUCUGAUUCUUCUUCGUCUUCUUGUGAUUCUGAUUCUUCUUCUGAUGAUGAUUCUUCUUGGAUUGUUCUUACGAUUCUUCAUAUGAUUCUGAUUCUUCUCAUGAUAGUUCAUAUUCUUCUUCUUAUGGUUUUUAUGAUUCAAAGUAUACACAAAAGAAAAAAAAAUAGUAGCAACUACCAAGAAAAUGAUAAAGAAAGAGAAAAUAAACGCAGAAUAAAUCUAUCUAUCUAUCUAUCUAUCAAUCUAUCUAUCCAUCUAAAAAAAAUCUAUCUAUCUAUCCAUCUAUCUAUCUCAGUCUUUUCAUAUAAAUCUAUCUAUCUAUCUAUCUCAGUCUUUUCAUAUCUAUCUAUCUAUCUAUCUAUCUAUCUAUCUCAGUCUUUUCAUAUCUAUCUAUCUAUCUAUCUAUCUAUCUAUCUCAGUCUUUUCCUAUCUAUCUAUCUAUCUAUCUAUCUAUCUCAGUCUUUUCAUAUCUAUCUAUCUAUCUAUCUCAGUCUUUUUCAUAUCUAUCUAUGUAUAUCUAUCUAUCUAUCUAUCUAUCUAUCUAUCUAUCUCAGUAUCUAUUUCUUUUCAUCUAUCUAUCUAUGUAUCUAUCUAUCUAUCUCAGUCUUUUUCAUAUCUAUCUAUCUAUCUAUCUGUCUUUUUCAUAUCUAUCUAUCUAUGUAUCUAUCUAUCUAUCUCAGUCUUUUCAUAUCUAUCUAUCUAUCUAUGUAUCUAUCUAUCUAUCUCAGUCUUUUCAUAUCUAUCUAUCUAUCUAUGUAUCUAUCUAUCUAUCUCAGUCUUUUCAUAUCUAUCUAUCUAUGUAUCUAUCUAUCUAUCUCAGUCUUUUUAUAUCUAUCUAUGUAUCUAUCUAUCUAUCUAUCUAUCUAUCUCAGUCUUUUCAUAUCUAUCUAUCUAUCUAUCUAUCUAUCUAUCUAUCUCAGUCUUUUCAUAUCUCUAUCUAUCUCUAUCUUUAUCUAUCUAUCUAUCUCAGUCUUUCACAUAUCUAUCUAUCUAUCCAUCUAUCCAUUAUCUAUCUCAGUCUUUUCAUAUCUAUGUAUCUAUCAUCUAUCUAUCUAUCUCAUCUUUCUAUCUAUGUAUAUCUAUCUAUCUAUCUAUCUAUCUCAGUCUUUUCAUUCAUGUAUCUAUCUAUCUAUCCAUCUAUCUAUCUCAUCUAUCUAUCUAUCUAUCUAUCUAUCUAUCUAUCUAUCUAUCAGUUUUCUCAUAUAUAUUUAUCAUAUCUAUCUAUCUAUCUAUCUAUCUUUUCAUAUAUAUCUAUCUAUCUAUCUAUCUAUCUAUCUAUCUAUCUCAGUCUUUUCAUAUAUCUAUCUAUCUAUCUAUCAUCUAUCUAUCUAUCUUUCUUUUCAUAUCUAUCUAUCUAUCUCAGUCUUUUCAUAUCUAUCUAUCUAUCUAUCUAUCUAUCUAUCUAUCUAUCUAUCUAUCUAUCUAUGCCUCAAUUUCGCUUCGCAAAUAGAAAUCUCAGUAUGCAUUCUAAAUUUGGCUCAUGGCUGCUGA